ACUUUAGUACUCCUCCAGUAGUUAGUUGGCCCGCACGCGCGCGCGCGUAUGAGUGCGCGCGUCCGGGCGGAUGUUUGGAGCAGGAGCUUGGCCGCGUCGCCUUCACGGACCAUCUCCUUCUUCUUCUUCUUCUUCUUGUGGGACUUGCAGCUCGGAGCUCUCGGGUGACGGCCCCUCGGCGCCAUGGGGGGCUCCCGGACGAGCGCGGCCGCCGGCCAGCGCAGCACUUUAACGGCGUCCUAAUUGGGAGCGGUGACCGGGGGGUGGGUGGGUCGCUCGGUCGCUCGGCCGGCCGGGGCCAGAGGCGUCGGAGGUCCCGCCGCUCGAUCAUCGCGCCGCUGCAGCCUUUUGGGAUUUGAUUUGAUUUUUUUUUUGCUUCGGAUGGAGCGGGUCCCCCCGGCGGUGGCCGCCAAGAUGCGCUGCUUGACGCUGCUGCUGGCCGGCUUGAGCGUGUGGGCCAAGGUGGGCCGAGGGGUGGACUACGACGACCGCGAUCGGGAUCGCGAUUACGAGUACUACGACGAAGCCGACAGGCCGGACGCCGUUGACUACAAGGACCCCUGCAAAGCCGCCGCAUUCUGGGGCGACAUCGCCUUGGACGAGGAGGACCUCGGCAUGUUCCGAAUCGACGGGACCAUCCGCCUGACGCACGCCUCGCGGGGACAACCGUCGGGUGAGCCGGAGGACCACCUAGUAACCAAAAAAAGAGGCUCUUUGUACCUGCUUUUGGAGAGGAUACGACACUUCGGCUGGGACUUCCUCCCGAAAAACUCCAGUCACAAAAGCCAAAGCGGCGAUAGCGGCAAAAAGCGCUUCCCUCGAGCGGCCACCUCGCGCGCCGAGAGGAUCUGGCCCGGUGGGGUCAUUCCCUACGUCAUUGGCGGCAACUUUACGGGUAGUCAGAGGGCCAUGUUCAAACAAGCCAUGCGGCACUGGGAGAAGCAAACCUGCGUGACUUUUAUCGAGAAAAGCGACGAGGAGAGCUACAUCGUCUUCACCUACAGGCCUUGCGGGUGUUGCUCCUACGUGGGUCGCCGCGGAAACGGGCCACAGGCCAUAUCCAUCGGCAAGAACUGCGACAAGUUCGGCAUCGUGGUGCACGAGCUGGGUCACGUCAUCGGCUUCUGGCACGAACACACGCGGCCCGACCGCGACGAUCACGUCACCAUCAUUCGCGACAACAUUCAACCAGGUCAGGAGUACAACUUCCUGAAGAUGGAACCGGGCGAGGUCAACUCUCUCGGCGAGCCCUACGACUUUGACAGCAUCAUGCAUUACGCCAGAAACACCUUCUCACGGGGGAUGUUCCUUGACACCAUCCUUCCGUCCAGGGACGAAAACGGCGUUCGUCCUGCGAUCGGGCAGCGGACCAGACUCAGUAAAGGAGACAUUGCACAAGCAAGGAAGCUCUAUAGAUGUCCAGCAUGUGGUGAAACACUCCAAGAUUCUACAGGCAACUUUUCAUCUCCCGGUUACCCCAAUGGAUACCCUUCGUACACUCACUGCGUGUGGAGAAUAUCUGUUACACCUGGAGAGAAGAUUGUGCUAAAUUUCACCACCAUGGAUCUGUACAAGAGCAGCCUGUGUUGGUACGACUACAUGGAAGUGCGCGACGGCUACUGGAGGAAAGCGCCUCUGCUGGGCAGGUUCUGCGGAGACAAACUUCCUGACGUCCUGACCUCCAGCGACAGCAGAAUGUGGAUCGAAUUCCGGAGCAGCAGCAACUGGGUCGGGAAAGGCUUCGCCGCUCUUUACGAAGCCAUCUGCGGCGGCGACAUGAACAAAGACUCGGGCCAGAUCCAGUCGCCCAACUACCCCGACGACUACCGGCCUUCUAAAGAGUGCGUGUGGAGGAUCACCGUGUCGCAAGGGUUCAACGUGGGCCUCAGCUUCCAAGCCUUCGAGUUGGAGCGACACGACAGCUGCGCGUACGAUUACCUGGAGGUGCGCGACGGCCCGCUGGAGAGCAGCCCUCUGAUCGGCCGCUUCUGCGGCUACGACAAACCCGAGGACGUGCGCUCCACAACAAACGCUCUAUGGAUGAAAUUCGUCUCGGACGGAACGGUCAACAAAGCGGGCUUCGCGGCCAAUUUCUUCAAGGAGGAGGACGAGUGUUCCAAACAGGACAACGGUGGCUGCCAGCAGCGCUGCUUCAACACGCUGGGAAGCUACAAGUGCGCCUGCGACCCGGGCUAUGAACUGGCGCCUGACAAAAAGACCUGUGAAGCGGCGUGCGGCGGCCUGCUGUCCAAGCUGAACGGCACCAUCAGUACGCCAGGCUGGCCCAAGGAGUACCCGCCCAACAAGAACUGCGUGUGGCACGUAGUGGCGCCCACGCAGUACCGCAUCUCCAUGCAGUUUGAGGCCUUUGAGUUGGAGGGCAACGAGGUGUGCAAGUACGACUACGUGGAGGUGCGAAGCGGCCUAUCGCCCGACUCCAAACUCCAGGGCAAGUACUGCGGCGCCCAAGUCCCCGAAGUGCUCACGUCGCAGUACAACAACAUGAGGAUCGAGUUCAAAUCGGACAACACCGUCUCCAAAAAGGGAUUCAAGGCGCAUUUCUUCUCAGACAAGGACGAGUGCAGCAAAGACAACGGCGGCUGCCAGCACGAGUGCGUCAACACGCUGGGAUCGUACGUGUGCCAGUGUCGCCACGGCUUCGUGCUACAUGAAAACAAGCACGAUUGCAAGGAAGCCGAGUGCGAGCACAAGAUCCGCAGCCCCGCCGGCAGCCUCACCAGCCCCAAUUGGCCCGACAAGUACCCCAGUCGCAAGGAGUGCACUUGGGACAUCACCGCCACGCCGGGACACCGCGUCACCAUCACGUUCAGCGAGUUCGAGAUCGAGCAGCACCAAGAAUGCGCCUACGACCACCUGGAGGCCUUCGACGGCGACGGUGACGCGGCCGCCAUCUUGGGACGGUUGUGCGGCAGCAAAGUACCGGAACCGCUGGUGUCCACGGCCAACCGAAUGUACCUGCGGUUCAUUUCCGACGCUUCCGUGCAGCGGAAAGGCUUCCAGGCCACUCAUUCCACCGAGUGCGGCGGUCGCCUGAAAGCGGACGGACGUCAGAAAAACCUGUACUCGCACGCCCAGUUCGGGGACAACAACUACCCGGGCCACAGCGAUUGCGAGUGGCUGCUGACGGCCGAGCGCGGCGACGGCAUCGAGCUCAGCUUCGUCACGUUCGAGGUGGAAGAGGAGGCCGAUUGCGGAUACGACUUCAUCGAGCUCUACGACGGCUACGACGUCGACGCUCGCAGGCUGGGCCGAUUCUGCGGAUCGGGGCCCCGGGAAGGAAUUUACUCGCCUAGCGACGCCUUGCUGAUCCGUUUCCAUAGCGACGACACCAUCAGCAAGAAGGGCUUCCACAUCCGCUACUCCAGCACCAAUUUCCAGGAGAGCCUCCAUGACAGGAAAUGACUCCCCGUCGUGGCCUCUGGAGAAAUUACGCAAAGACGUUCAAAACUGUUGCUUGGACGACAAACUGUGGAUCAAGUUUAAAAAAAAACAAAAAACAACUGGAACAUUCUAGCAUCCUCCAUUCUUGAACUGUACAGAUUAUUGCAAGAUAUUGAUUUUAUUUUUAUUUUGUUAUUUUUAGUUGUCUUGUGUUGACGUUCAGCCCCUUGAUGCCUGAAUUUACAGUUAACAAAUAUGCAUAAAGCUUUGGCGGAAUAAAUAUGAGCAUCCAAAUAGUAUUAAGUUGAAUGGAAAAAUACAGCUAAAAACAAAAUAUAGAAAAUGAAUUCAAUGAUAUUGUGAAAAAGGAUCAUUUCCAAAAUAAAAAGAAUUUAUGAAUACAAAUUCCUUAUUGUUUUCAAUUGUAUUUUUCAAUUUGAUUUUCUAUCUUUCUAUAUAUAUAUUUCAUAAAUAUUAUUUUCAUGUACUUGUGUAUUGCCAAAAUGCUUUUUGAUGUAAGUGUUCAAUGCAAAUUCAGGCAUCGUGGGGUCAACUGUGUGUGUGUGUGCGUGUGUGUGUGUGUGUGCAAAACAUCAAUGAAAAACUAUAUAUGACCCCUCCAUCAAGGCCAAAUCAUCUGAAAUAUGUCACUGACAGCGAUAAACAUCCAAAUCCGAAGAGUCCGUAUGAAUUGGAUUGGAUGUGUAUCGGUAUCAAUGGCAGCCAGUGGGUUAAAAAUAAAUCUUGUAUGGUCACUACUACAUUUGACCCCGAUGCAAGUGGACUGUAACAGGAAGACGUGUCAAAUAAAAAAUAUUUUGUGGGUCACUGCCUCUUUUACGUGUAGGAGGUAAGGAUUCAAGUAGCGCAGUUCCACUGGAGUCCAGCAGGUGGCGGCAAUCCACAUAACAAAGCAGUGUCGACUACUUUGAAGCACAGGCGGGAUUUCAAAAUCGAUGUAUGUAAGGUAACGAUACUUUUGGCAACCCGAGUUAGUUGC